UUCACGCCAAGCGCAAAAUCAUUCAAAUAAGUAAAGCAACAAGCAGAAGCGUCUCCUGUGUUAUUUUGAAUUGCAAUAUUGGAAUUUCACAACUUUUCCACAUCAAAUGUUGAUUAGAAGCAGCAGAGGCUCGUCGUAAACUGCGUCAAAAGUCGGGAACGCUGCCUGCCGACUUGACAAAGACGAUGGCCACGCCGAGCAAGACGCCGCCCGGAGCCGAUCCGAAGCAGCUGGAAAGGACUGGUACCGUUCGGGAGAUCGGCUCACAGGCUGUGUGGUCGCUGUCCUCCUGCAAACCGGGGUUCGGCGUGGACCAGCUGAGGGACGACAACCUGGAGACGUAUUGGCAGUCUGACGGAUCCCAACCGCAUCUGGUCAACAUCCAGUUUAGGAGGAGGACCAUGGUGAAGAUGUUGUGCAUCUACGCAGACUACAAGUCGGACGAGAGCUACACGCCCAGCAAGAUCUCAGUCAGAGUGGGCAACAACUUCCACGACCUGCAUGAAGUCAGGCAGUUGGAGAUGGUGGAGCCCAGCGGUUGGAUUCACGUGUCGCUCCUGAACCAGCUGAGCAACGAGCCCGUCCGGACCUUCAUGAUCCAGAUCGCCGUGCUGGCCAACCACCAGAAUGGCCGAGACACGCACAUGCGGCAGAUUAAAGUGUACACGCCAGUGCAGGAGAGCUCCGUGGGCAAGUUCCCGCCUUGCACCACCGUCGACUUCAUGAUGUACAGAACCAUCAGGUGAUGCGCGGCGGACGAUUGCGCCGUCCGCCGCGUGUCGCCGCGAUGACUUGCGCUGACCUUGUUUCUUCUUUCUACUAAUGAAAAAGUCAUCUGGACUGACAUCUUGCACCGUGUACCAAAAGCAUUUGUACAAGCUUUUCUUUUAUUUACAUGAGCUCACUCACACACAUUACAGGUGCGACAAUUAAUUGAUGAAGCGUCAAACAAAUCAAUUAAUCGUUUCGUGACACUGACUUCAAUUUGUCCAUAGUCUUGCAAAUUCAAACUGUCACCAGUUAUUCUGACGCCCAUUGUGAAAGCAGACCGUGGUUUUUUUUUUUCUUUCAAAUAAAGACAUUUUCAAACAUC